AUGGCAUUAGGUGGUCGAAGUUUCAGGUCUAAGAAACAGCAACUAGCAUAUGACAGGAGUUUUGCAGGCCGGUAUCAGAAAUUGCUGAGUAAGAACCCAUUCAUAUUCUUUGGACUCCCGUUUUGUGGAAUGAUGGUGCUUGGCUCAUAUUGGCUAGCUGGUAUAUCGCAAGUCAAGUUUGACCGUGAUGACCAAAAAGUUCAGGAGAUGAAUGAAGAAGAAAUACUGAAGAUGAAGCACGGUAAGAGAGAGUUUGACAUAAAAGAGGAGUAUUAUAGACUGCAAGGAUUGGCGGAAGAGGACUGGGAACCGAAGAGAGUCGAGAGGUUUAAGGGUGAAUCUGAUAACGUGUUCUAA